GUGAUAACAAUCCUAUCUGUAUGUCAUUCGCUACGCAUAUGUUUGGGAAUGGAAUUGGAACGUUGCGUGUUUUGAAACGUAGCCAAGGGAACAAUGACGAGAGCGUUAUAUGGAAGAUUAGUGGUCCUUCCGGUAAUAGGUGGUAUCAAGCUCGAGUACCAGUGUCGUCUCCAAAACCAUUCCAGUUGAUAUUGGAAGCAAUGGUUGGUAACAAUUAUCUUGGAAACAUUGCCAUUGAUAACAUCUUCCUUAGACCUGGCACUUGCCCAAUUUUUCCACAGACUGCAUCACCAAACUCAGGUGAUUGCAACUUCGAAGAGAACACAUGCGGCUGGACUAAUCCUGGGCUGACAGACCAAUUUGACGACUUUGACUGGGCUCGUCAAUUCAGCUACAGCGUCAGUGGACCAGGUACUGAUCAUACGAUAGGAACUUCCUCAGGCUACUAUAUGAACCUGGUGAGCAGUAGUCAAUUGCCUCAGCGAGGAGGAAAUUCCGCUUGGUUGGUGAGUCCCCAGUUUCCGGCUGCUACCACGGCGCGGUGCAUGGCCUUCUACUAUUACAUGUAUGAGAAGACUAUCGAUCCUUCAGGUCCAAGUCUGGGCAGUUUACGAGUGUAUGUCCUUCCUAGUUCUUCUUCGAGAGAAUUUUCCAUGCUCACUCCUGUCUGGAGGUUGAACAAUCACCAGGGACAACGGUGGUUGAUGGCACGUGCUCCGAUUGUGCUACUUCCCGAAGGAAAACCCCCUACCGAACCUUACCAGGUUAUUAUCGAGGGCAUCUGGGGAGCCGAUAGGGUUGGAUACAUUGCGUUCGACGACAUAAGUUUUUUCAACGGAGACUGUACAACUCUCCCGAGCAAAGCAACGACUAUGAAUGGUGAAUGUUCCUUCGUACGAGACAUGUGUGGUUGGACCAACGGGUCAAAAUCUGAACAGUCGAUUCCAUUAUUCGAAGGACGUAAUGGAUUCAGCAGAAGCCAUAUUGUCGUCGCUACCCAAAGUCGUCAGUUUCAACUGGAUGAGGGGUCUCUUACCUGGAGGCUUGCGUCCACUUCCACUCGUCCAGCCAACCUACAAGACCAUUCCUUCGGAGCUCCAGCUGGUUAUGCUUUCUUUGACAUCUUCAAUCAAAAUGUUGUUCAAAAUCCCAUCCUUCGAAGUCCAAAGUUUGAGUUAGCCCUUGUGGAUAAUCGUUGUAUAAGUUUUUGGUUUGCUCCAUUUGGACGAGGAGAGUCAACCACGCUAAGUGUGGUUCGUGUGGGAUUGCCGGCAUCGGACGCUGAACCUGAAAAUCGUGAUGUGUUAUGGCGUUUCUCGACUCGCAUGUUCGACACAAGUCGACCUGAUUGGAAUUAUGCUCAGACUGUUGUAAAAACUGAUACACCGUAUACAGUACAGUUCGAAGGAGAGGCAACGGAUGGAGGAUUUGCUUUGGAUGAUAUAACGUUUUACGAAGGAGAGUGCGAAACUCGACCAGCUAGGGCAGCACUAACUGAAAUUGAAGUCUAAUGAGAAGCUGCAGUAGUAAUGGGAAGGGAAAGACUAUCAUUCUUAUACAAACAGUUUCAUUAUGUAAUAGUUUCUACCAGAAGAGUUGCUAAUGAUCUUAAAUAAAACUUUCAAUUAAUAA